AUAAACCUUUUUGUUUUGCACUUAAGCGACUUUAAACAUGUCUCGACGGUAAACAAACAAAUUUUAAGCAAAAAGUCAUGAACCAGUAUACACCAUCCAAAGUGUAUGGAUCACUUAUGCGUUCACCAAGAUUACAAAAACACCCACACGACAUGGAUGACGAGAAUAUCUAUCCUCUUACUGAUGUUAAAUUAAUUGACAGACAGAUUCAAGUUUCUGCCAUAGGGGAAGUUACACACCCGCCAGAUCGAUGCAAGCUGGUGAUUAAGAUCGUAUCAGAGAAAAAUGACGUUGACGAAGCAAAAAGCAGCGUAAAAAGGAGAUUUGAUUAUGUACUUCAAACCUUACACAACCAUUCAAUAAAGGAAUCUGAUAUAAAAGUGUAUAAGAACAUGAGAAGAGUGGACAGCAUGUACAGUCUAGAGACAAUUAUAGAAGUGAUGUUCUGUGAAAUACAUAAAUGUCAAACUGUUUCUAACAUACUAGUGGAAAAGUUAGAUGAAACUGUCAAUGUUUGUUUACCACUAUUUAGUCAUGCACAACAGACGCUACACAAUUUAAGGCAGCAGGCCAGUUUACUUGCCAUUCACAAUGCCAAACAAAAAGCCCAGGAAAUGGCUCGGCUUGUACACCAGGCUGUAGGUAGGCCACUCAGUGUCAGGGAAGAGGAAACCAAAGAAUGGAAUGGAUCUAAUGAAACUUUGGAAGACAUAGAAUCUGUAAAAUCUGUUCAACAAAGAGUGGCAAAUGCCACUAUUUCUAUUUCAAGUAAAGUUUUUGUCACAUAUGAACUCAAACCUAAAAUUAAAAAGAAAACAAUAAGCUAGUUAGUAAGCACUGUGAAUUUUGUGGAAGCAACAUACAGAUAUAACUUUUUUGCAGAUAUAUUGAAAAUGUCAAAUACCUUUUAGAAGUUAUUGACUUUCUCAUGAAGUGAAGUAAUUUUUCAGAGGAUAACAUUUGCAUAAACUGAAAUAACUAAUGACAAAGUGGAGAUAAUCUAUCUAGAUAUUAAUGCAUAUUUAGAUUUUUAACGCAUUUGUUUAGCUACAUUUGUAUGGACAGAAGUAUGUGGUAAAUUAACGCAAAUUAAGGACAAUUAAUGCUACAGAAAAUUGUCAAACAAAACUGUGAUAUGUUUUUAUAGUAGAAAACUAGUUGUGAAUACAUUUUUGGUAACAAAUAGCUGUUAUUAACAAUGAAAAUAGUCUGUGUAAUACAAUUUAUUUUAGAUAUGUAUAAUGUAAUAAAUGAAUGAUAUAUUAUAAA